AUGUCUCGUCGUACGAAUGGUUUAGCCGCCCCACAUGAUGAGGGUUUCGGUGAGGUUGUUCGUGCUUUGAAUGCUGUUGCUCAAGCGAUGCAACAACAAGUGAAUCUUAAUCAGAAUGCACCUCCUCCUCCUCCACCACCUAAUCAACGAGCUUUGUUAGUUAGAAGGUUUAGUGAACAAAAGCCCGAUUCCUUUAAAGGUAGUCCUGAUCCACUGGUCGCUGAAGAUUGGAUAGAUAAGAUUGAGAAAAUAUUCACCCUAUUAGGCGUGAAUGACGAGGAUAAGCUGGAUCUUGCUGUUUUUAAGCUUGAGGGUGAGGCCACUCGCUGGUGGGACUUGACUCGUCGUUCUAGGAAUGACGCACAGUACCAAGCCAAGUUUGAAGAACUUUCUCGUUUUGCUAUUCAUCUGGUGGAGAAUGAAGAGCUGAAGGCUUUUAAGUUUCAGGAGGGACUUAGACCUUCAAUUAAGGGUAGGUUGUCUAUUUUGAAGAUUACCUCUUAUAAUGAGAUAGUGGAAAGAGCGAUGAUUGCUGAGAGAGACAUUGAGGAGAGGAACCAACAACCCUUUAUACCUCAGAACCAACGUCAAGGUUAUCAGCAGAACCGUCCUCAGAACAAUCCACCACAAUACCAAGCUCGACAGCCCCCUCAGCAACCUAAGGCGUUCAACAUUGCACAUGUUGGUCAGGAUCCGGAUAACUCAGUUGUUGAAGGUACAUUCUUAGUUUACAAUUCUUGGGCUAAGAUAUUGUUUGAUACUGGUGCUACUCAUUCGUUUAUUGCUUCUUCGUUUGUUUUGUCAUUGGGUUUGAAAACUGAAUUACUUGAUGGGUACUUAGGCGUAGCUAGUGCGAUAGGCAGUAGUGCACGUAUUGACCGCGUGGCACGAAUGUGUGUAGUACGUAUAGCUAAGCAUGAGUUUUUGAUUGACCUUUUUGUGAUGAAUAUGUCUGGUUAUGAUGUAAUCCUGGGUAUGGAUUGGUUAUCUGCUCAUCAUGCUGUUUUUGAUUGUUUUCAAAAACGUGUGACUCUUCACUCGGACGAAGGGUCAGUUGUCCACUUUACCGGAACUGUAGUUUUGCUGGUAGAGGAGUUUGAAGAUGUUUUCCCUGAGGAAUUACCAGGUUUACCCCCAAGAAGAGAAAUGGACUUCACUAUUGAAGUUCAACCUAGUACUUCGCCAAUUUCGAUGGCUCCUUAUCGAAUGGCACCUAUGGAGUUGAAAGAACUAGAUAAGCAACUACUCGAGUUGGAAGCUAAGGGUUUUAUUCGAGCUUAUCAUCAACUCCGAAUCAAGGAAGAAGAUAUUCCAAAAACCGCUUUCCGAACUCGAUUUGGACAUUUCGAGUUUGUGGUGAUGCCAUUUGGACUUACAAAUGCUCCAGCGGCAUUCAUGGAUCUUAUGCAUCGAAUUUUUCGACCGUACUUAGAUAAAUUUGUAGUGGUAUUUGUAGAUGACAUUCUUAUCUAUUCACGGUCACGAGAAGAGCACGAGGAACACUUGAGAUUAACAUUGCAGUUGUUGAGAUCUCAUCAGUUAUACGCUAAGUUGAGUAAAUGCGACUUCUGGCUUUCUGAAGUUCAGUUUUUGGGACACGUGGUAUGUGGAGAAGGAAUCAAAGUGGACCCAGCUAAGGUUGAAGCGGUUACCAAAUGGGAAAGGCCAAAGAACGUGUUUGAGAUUCGUAGCUUUCUAGGCUUAGCGGGUUACUAUAGACGAUUCAUUCAGGACUUCUCAAGUAUUGCUUCACCACUGACGAAGUUGACUCGAAAGGAUUCCAAGUUCGAGUGGAAUAAUGAUUGUGAGAAGGCUUUCUCCAUGCUCAAGGAGAAAUUAACUACUGCACCAGUUUUGACAACACCGGUAAGCGGAAUUGGUUAUGUGAUAUUUUGA